GCGGAAACAUGAUAGCACCUAGCGAAAUUGCGAUCUAGUUUCAAAGCUAAUCUCUUUUAGGCCGGGCAGUAAAAGGAAAUCGAGUUGUCGAGGUUGUUUUCCCCAACACUGUAUCUUUCGGCCCGUUUGAAGUGUAAAUUUCCAUAUCAAUCCCUACUUGUGAUAUUCCAGAAUUUAUCGACGCCCUUUCCUUUUUAUAUGAAAAUUAAAACUGACCAAACAACAAACACUUUGUCGCAUCAUUGAUACACAACUAUUGCUGCUCUUCCACCACACGGGUGAAAGAGGCAAAAAACAACAAAAGAACCACUCAGCACAAAUUAAAAAACCACCAGCAAAUUUCAUUUCAGAAAUUGCGUUGUGUUGUGACCGUCUCAUUCGAUGGAAAAGGAUAAAAAAUUGCACCAUGUGUUGUGAGAUGAGAAAAUUGGCCAUAAAGUUUUCCAUUUGUAAGCAUGUAAGCCUCUUUUAACUUACUUUCAAAAUAAUUUUUCACAUCUUAUGCCCACAUCAUAACUCAAAGUUGGUUGACACAAUGCAUUAGCAUAAAAUGCACGAAUCCUCUCUCUCUUCACCGGAUAAUUCCUGCGGAGGUAAAUGUCACUCCUCAUGAUGCUCGUCUUGUGCAUUUGAUUCAUCUAGUCUAAAGAACAACCUUUAUUUAUACCAUCUUUAAAAAUAAGGCAAGCAAAUCUCUAACGGCUGCAAAGCCCAAAAUUUCCUUUAGCCUUAAUUUUACAAGAAUUAUAACAUGUAAUUAUCGAUCCUCUCGAGGCCAUUCGGAAAUACUAUCCUAUUGUUCUUUUGUGCAAUCAUCAACCAUUUACGGAGUCUCCAGUUGCCAAUUAUUCUUUAGUCUUCUUUGAUUUCGAGGUUUUAUCUGACCUGCUUUGUGUUUCUCGGACGAUUGUGGCUGACAGUUUGAAAGGUAUUGUCAGACAAAAGGACUCAGUUAAACCCAUUCGGGCAAUCUGUUAUACCAAGUUUGAUAGUUUAUCUACAAGACAACAUUACCUUCUUAUACAAAAUUCGUUUAUUAAAUCAUUAGAAUCCAAUUCAGGAUUUGUAACGUGCUCUUCAAAAUUUUGCAUAGCACUUAGAGUUCUGUUUACAUAGAUUGUGUGUUAUUUUGUUCAGAAUGGACUUUAAUGGCGCACCUUAUUCCCUGAACGAGGACAGGGCGGAAUUAGUAAACGGUUUACCCGACCAAACUUUAGUGCCCAAAACGCAUGAACACGGCCUUGAGAGUUCCCCAAACGGCAUGCCUCCACAACUUGAGAGCAUGCUCUCGGAGGAGACUGACGACUACCCGACUAUGAACGACUAUGGACAUGACGAAAUAUACAGCGAGACUUUAUUAGUUGAGAACGGCGACGACGGCGAAAUAAUCAGAAAAGGGGAUCCGAACUUACUUGAACCGGGCGACCCAGACAGCAAAACGAGUAGCAGGAAGUCAGUGGAGUUGGAGGAAACUCUUCACAUAACAGCAGAGUGUCGGCGACUGCAGUCGGCUAUUUCUGUCGACUCCACUUACCAGCUAGAGCCGGUUGGUGCGAGUGAUGAGACUGUUCGCUUUGUGCAUAAACACUUCGGCGAGAUGCUAGAGCUCCCGCAAUUGCUGCUCAACAAAUCACAACUCGACAUCACAGCUUUGAUCGAGUUCUCAAGAGAGCUGGGCAAAUUCCCACCUCCUUUGAAAGCAAAGCUGGGAGACAUCUUCCCGACUGUGACUUUCACUCUUCUGAAAAGUUUUCUGGAAAACCUGGGACUAAAUUUACAGCAAUGCGUUUGGUCGCUACUAGUUGACGACUUGGCAACUGACCAAUUUAAUGAGUUGGUAAAUGUGGUCAUUCAGAACUACUGCGAAACACUGUGUCCAAACUACAAAGCGUGGGACACUUUUUCCAAACAGAAAAUGUACGAGAUUGUAUUAGAAACAGAUUAUAUCAAAGUCCUAACAAAAGGUCCCGUAAUUUUCUCCGACUUCUACGGAAGGGUGUUUGAAGAUGUAGUUGCUAAUAUGCGAGACAAUAAACAGAAGACAGACAUCCAAAACUUGAUCGAAGAUUAUAUCACGAAGUCGACCAGAAAGAAAUCUUUCAAGGCUGACCUGGCUGCCACGUGGCAAAUGAUUGUUCAAUUCCUACUCCUGUUCAAGGGAGCCUAUAAAAGUCUGAAAAAGAUUUGUCCUGAAGUUGUGUCGGAGGAAUCACUACAAUGUGUGCGGAAUGUGUGCUCGUAUUUUGAAGUGUUCACAGAGUUGACAAACUUGAUCAGCGCUUUGGCACUGGGAUUCAAGACAUCCGAAUGUAUGUUGGAUCACAUCAAAGGCUGGUCACCAGAACAGAUGACUGAGAUGAGCAAGACACCCAGGGCAUUCAUCCAGAGCAUACACCCAAGGGACCUAGAGUUUUACCCGGUGCCCAAAAAAGAAAAGAUCAGAGACUCUAAGGCCACUCUCUACUUGUUUUCGGACAAAUUUGUCGUCAAGAUAUGCAAGGAUGGCUUCUCAAGUCAAUUUCUACGCGGACUGGGUUACCACUUACCCGACUUGACUGUCUACAAUCUGAAAGAUAUAAAAUCUCUGACUUUUGAAAAAGCAUCUGAAGAGCUAAUAGAGCAAUACUCUAUUCCCACAGGCACACCAACCCCAAUGGUUCUGAAUCUUGAAAUUGAAAACUCCAAAAGCAUGCAAAUCGUUUUCAAAACUGGACCCGAUGUGUCAGACCAAGACAAACAGUCGACUCAGUUUGUCAACUUUCUGGAGCGUCUAAAGGAUAUGAACAGAUUUGAGCUAUUAGAGAAAUGUUCGUCUCUUACGGCACCCGCGAGUCUGCAACUUUUGAACGAAAUUGCUAGAAGUUGGAGCCGGGUGCGAGACGUUGAAAAGGUACCGGAACCUAUUCUACACGAGAACCCUGGACUGCUGGGUGAGAUAUCCUUGGAGAAGUUCCUCACAGUCGAGAGGACAGGUCGGAACAAGAGUACAGAACUUGGUCGGAAAGGCGUGAAAGGCUGCAAGUCUCUGAGGAUGUUCGUGUUCACAGACAGCGUUUUUGUCCACUUGGUAGGUCAAACUGUGGGCGUGACCAACUUUACUAUGUGGCAACAAGACGUGUCUAAGUUCAAGGUCGAGUUCCAGGGCAGGUUGCUGCUGAUCUUGAUCGAGAGCGAGACACUGAACAAGAACUUCAGAUUGUAUCCCGAGAUCCCCAAAGGGGCGGCGGGUGGUGAGAACAAGAUGGUGAAGGAUAUUAACCACUAUAUCAACUGUUUCAACGAGAUAAAAGAGCUAAGACAGACACAAGAGCAAAAACUGAAAGAACUGCACGUGCACGCAAAAGACCCAGAACUGAAGGCGAACAAGCGAUAGUCUAUAGUUGGUAUUUAAUAUAUAAUUGUCCUUUUAUGUGCAAGUCAAUCUUGAUCCACAAUAUAGAUGUUUAAAUACCAAAACUGUAAAUUUGUUAAUUUUUCACUAGUCUUUUUUUCAAA